AUGACACGGUGUCUUGCAGUGCGGGCACUGGACUUCCACUGGAAGAACACCGAUCAUAGAGAUUUCAUUACAAUGCAUUACGUAUUUCUUGAUAACAAUGUGCCUAUGAAGGAUAACCAGAUGGCUCAGGGGAAGAAGUGGGGUCGCGGGGAGUACUGGGGUCUCAGCUCCGACUACGACCCCGACUGGGUGCUGACGGAGAGCCAGAAGAAGCUACGAGCCGACUUGAUGGAGCUCUGCAGGACCAAAAUCAGACCUCAUGCAAUUCACUGCGACCGCACCUACACCUUCCCUCGCGAGUCUCUAGAUGCCAUGGCGGAGCUGGGUCUGCUUGGCCUCAUCGUGCCCAAGGAGUUCGGCGGCCUCGGCGAAAACCACGUGUGCUGCACCAUGGUGUGUGAGACCAUCGCGCGCUACGGCUGCCCCUCCACGGCCAUGGUGUAUACCAUGCAUCUGGGCGCCGUGUCCACCCUGCUCUUCCGCUACCACAACAGCCCCAUGGCCCAGGACCUCCUGCGACGCCUCGACAAGGAGAAGCUGGUCGGGACGCUCUGCUACUCCGACCCCGCCACAGGCGGCCACUUCUGGUUCCCUCUGUCGUCGAAGGUCAAGUGUCUCGACGAGAAGAACAUCCAGCUGCUCAAGUACGGCUCGUGGGCGACCAGCAGCGGCCACGCGGACUGGUACACCAUCCAGACCAUCAGCCCGAACUUCAACGGAGACUAUUCCAACCUGUCGUGUUUCCUCGUGUACAAGCUAUAUACCUUCAUAAAGUGA